GCCGUCUCAAAUGUAGUUCAUAUCAAUAGUAUCUACUUCGCGAUGAAUGUCAUAGCACAUUUUGUGCGUCAUGAAAAGGGUGCACACAAGACACAAGCAUUCUUCACAGAGCAGCUCAGUCUUAUCCGCGAUCCAGAUCUAACUGCAGAGGGUCUUUCGAAUUGCAAGGUAUUCUCGAAGAAUUUUUCAGACAGCGGAUAUGUCACACAUGUCUGGUGUUCGCCCAUGACAAGAACGAUCCGUACAGUACUUUUAUCCUUCGAAAGCGCCAUUGAUAGAGGUGUAAAAGUCCAAGCUUUGGAUCUACUUCAGAAUUGGGAUUCUUCGCCGAACGGUAUAGGAAUGGACAAAGAGUAUCUACACAAACAUUUCGGCGAACAAGUAGACUUCGAUAAAGUUGAAGAAGGGUGGAAUGAUAAAUCUUCUGGUAAAUGGGCUCCGAAAAGCCAGGAGUGGAAGAUCGCUGCUUUAAAACUAGCACUCAAUAACUUGCGAUCGACUACCAACAUAGUCGAAGUUGUGAUAGUUAGUCAUGGAAGUGUCCUAAGAGAACUGACUAAUCGAGGGGGUAAGUUGCGUGCCGAGUCAAAUCAAGUAUGCAGAAGCUAAUAGGACUCAAAUCUUGGAGGUUGGCGAUCUGGCGAAGUCCGCAGCUAUUUGAUUGAUGAUAAAGGGAAACCUCAUCUUUCUCUGGACAAGAGUGGCCUCGAAUUUUAUAGAUCUCAUCCUCUGAAUCAAGACAUGAUAUCAAAAUCAGACCGGGUCCAUUCCGAACCGUUGGACCCUUCAAUACUCCCAGAGACCUUGACAUACAAGCCUUCUGAAUCUUCCGAGAAAGCCUCUGCUGUAAAAAUAAAGGUGGUUAUUAAAACCAUUGCAAAGGAUGUCUCGAAGAAUGCCAAGGAGGAGAUACUAAAAGCUUCAAAGAGAUGUGAAACUCAUGAGGAUGUAUUAUUCAAGCUUUUCCAGGAAGAUUUUCCGCCAACCAAAGUCGAGGGGGGUAACAUUGAGGGCGUCGGAUCACGACCAAUAAUUUUAUCAAAGCCAGGACCGAUGACAACCCAGGCGAGCAAGAUACAAACAGCGAUUGGAAGGAUAAGCGAUCAUGGUAUUGCUACAAAGACAUCUUUGAAGUUAGCAUAGGUCAGGUACAAUCUACCAAUAAAUCAUGCGGGGUUAUUCUGAAAAUAUUAUAUCUGGAGUGUGCA